AUGACGUUGAGCAAGCCCCUGCCGCGCACAAUCACCCUUCAUAACGGAGUUGAGCUUCCGGCGGUGGGUCUGGGCACGUUCCGAGCUCAGGGUGAUGACGCGCGUACGGCAGUACUGGCGGCGCUACGGUCAGGAUUGCGCCACAUUGACACGGCCUCUAUCUACAAGAAUGAGGCGCCCAUCCGCCAAGCCCUGGCUGAGAGCGGGGUGCCGCGGGAGGACGUGUUUGUGACGAGCAAGGUCUCACCGUACGAGCAAGGUGCAGGACGAGCCCGUACAGCCGUGGAAGGUAUCAUGGAACGCCUUGGACUGCAGUACUUGGACCUGGUAUUGAUUCACUGGCCCGGGGUAUCCCGUGUCGCUCCGGACAGCCCCCUGAACGCCCAGAUGCGGUUGGAGACGUGGAGGGAGCUGGAGCAGCUGUACGGACAGGGUGUUGUUCGCGCCAUCGGCGUCAGUAACUACGAGGAGAGCCAUGUACGGCAGCUGCUGGACAAGGCGGAGGUGAAACCCAUGGUGAAUCAGUUCGAGGUACACCCCCGGCGUCAACGGAGGGAGCUCAGGCGGCUGUGUGGCCGGGAAGGUAUUGCUGUGGUAGCGUACACCUCGCUGGGCAGCUCCGAGUUACUGAGUCACCCUGUCGUACAGCAAGUGGCGGCGGAGGUGGGGCGGACUCCUGCACAAGUGCUACUGAGGUGGGGACUGCAGGAGGGCUGUGCGGUCAUUCCCAAGAGUGUACGACCCGAGCGCAUAUCCGAGUGGCGGGAGGAGCUGCUGCUGGGGGCCGACUGGGCACUGGGGGGCAGCCACAUGGCCGCGUUGGGGGCGCUGGAGGACGGACACAAGUACUGCUGGGACCCCGAGGGAAUCGUGUGACGUGUGUGUGUGUGUGUGGCCGAGGAGGGGGAGGAGGGAAGGUGGUUUGUCAGCUGUUAGAUGUACGGCAUCGCCCGGCCUUGUACAGCAUGGGAGUGGGUGGGCGGAUGUAGGUGCGAGGAGUACGCGCCUGGGCAGCUGAGCGACACACACUGUGGGGGCUGCUGUGUUGGUGCAUGUGCUGACGUGUAAGUGUGUUUACAUGUAUGUAUGUAUGGAUGGACAUGCAUGGAUGUAUGUAUGUAUGUUGGAAGGAACACGCCGAUCGUGCCGUGUGUAUGUGACUGACCCCCCUAGCUGGAUUGUUUAAACAUUCGUUUGUUAAAAUGUCUUGAGCAGUUGCUGCUGUGUGUACAUGCAUGCAUGGUGGUUAUGUAUACUGUAUAGCAUGCCGUAUGUUAGGUUCAUUAAAUGAAUGGACUUUGAUGCCACGAUAGGAUUACUAGUCGUGAUGUCUGUCUGUCUGUCUGUCGGGAGCCUAUUCGG